AUGAAGGAGGAGGAGAAGCAGGGGAGGCCACACACCUGUCACCCCUCGGCUGGCCUCUCCCGUCGCCUGUCGAGGCGACCUCUAGCGGCCCCCUCAGGUCGCCUCGACAGGCGACGGGAAAAGGGGGGGGGGGGGGGGGGGUUGGUGGGGGCCGGUAGGUGCAGCGGCGGGGCCAGCAGGUGCAGUUGCGGGGCCGGUAGAAGGGGACGGCAGGAGCCGUCAGGAGGCGACCGGGCCGCGACUCGGCUGCUGGGCCGGGAUGGGGCGGGGCCGCGACGGGGCGGCGGGGCCGCGACGGGGCGACCGGACCGCGACGGGGCGGCUGGGCCGGGACGGGGCGGGGCCGCGACGGGGCUGGCUGGGCCGCGACGGGGCAGGGGCCGCAAAGGGGGGGGCGGGGCCGCGUCAGGGUGGGGCCGCGUCAGGGUGGGGCCGCAACGGGGCUGGGCCGCGACGGGGCGGCUGGGCAGCGACGGGGCUGGGCCGCGACAGGGCGGCUGGGCCGCGACGGGGCUGGGCCGCGACGGGGCGGGGCCGCGACGGGGCGGAGCCGCGAAGGGGCGGGUGGGCCGUGACGGGGCGGGGCCGCGACGGGGCUGGCUGGGCCGCGACGGGGCAGAGGCCGCAAAGGGGCGGGGCCGCGUCAGGGUGGGGCCGCAACGGGGCGGGGCCACUAGAGGGCGGGGCCGCUGCAGGGCGGGGCCGCUAAAGGGCGGGGCCGCUCGAAAGCUAUAG